AUGGCAGACGAUGGGGACCUGCAACAGGAGAUCCUCCAGAAAACUCUUCGAGAGGUCAAAGAUGAGGAAAAUGAAGGCGAUCCCUGCGUGAUCUGUUUAGAAUCUAUCACCGAAGCCAGCAUCGCCAAGCCAUGCAACCAUACCAACUUUGACUUCUUAUGCCUAGUCAGCUGGCUAGAGCAACAGCCGAACUGCCCUUUAUGUAAGACUCAGCUCACUGAGGUACAAUAUGAUCUCGAAGCCCCGCAAGGUCCCAAAACAUACAAGGUACCUCUCCACGAUCGAUCCGGAAAACCACCCGGAGGUUCUGGCCCAGGCCGUGGUGGGUUUACCGGGGCUCGAGGAGCAAGGCAUCGGCGUCAAAGGCCCCAUAUACAACAACAACCAGCCUCCCAGGACCCACUCGCGACACGGCGCAACGUUUACCGUAACAAACUAUACUCCCUCCGCGUGGGUUCAAAUCGGUUAUCACAAUAUAGUGAAGUGACACCAGAACACUUCAACCGAGAUGAGUCGCUGGUAUCGCGUGCACGGAAGUGGAUCCGAAGAGAACUUCAAGUCUUUACAUUUUUGAAUCCAGAGGCGGAGACCGACGAAGACCGUGGCCGAGGUCGAGUUCCUCGCCCUGGAACUCAACGACUCGAGGACCGAAGAGCCAACAAUGCCGAGUUCCUGCUCGAAUACGUAAUUGCGAUCCUGCGCACCGUUGACAUCAAGGGUAGCGCUGGUCAAGCCGAGGAGCUGCUGCGGGACUUCAUUGGACGGGAUAAUGCUCGUUUGUUCUUGCAUGAACUCCUAGCGUGGCUUAGAAGCCCCUAUGUCUCCUUAGAAGAUUGGGAUCGCCAUGUGCAGUAUCCGAGGCUGCCACAAAGCUCUAGUAACCGGGGUGAUCCAGGGUCCAAUCGUCGGGAUCGUCCAGCUCGCGGUCGAAGUGCUUCCCCGGCUCGAGAAGCUGAUAGAAGUUUGUUUGAUCGGGUUACAAGACCUGAGACUGGACCAGCUACAAUGCCUAGAGAGUCACGUCCGCGAUCUCGGCCGUACAGCCGUCAAUCUAGACCACCGCGACACCUCCUUGAUCGAUAUAUUCCAGACUAA